GCAUUGCACUCUAUAAAUACAUUUUUUUUCUUAACCCACAUUGUGUGCCAAUACUUACAAUAUUUCCUCAUCUACUACUACCUCAUAAAAACCAUUAUGGGUUUUCGCUUGCCGAGGCUCAUCAACGCUAAGUCGGGUCCAAAGCGGAGUCUUUCAUUUUCGGAGACAACAGCAUCAGUGCCUAAAGGCCACAUUGCUAUUUAUGUUGGUGAAGUCGAAAAGAAGAGAUUCGUUGUUCCGAUUUCAUUCCUCAACCAUCCUUUGUUUCGAAAUUUGUUGAGUCGAGCCGAAGAAGAGUACGGGUUUAAUCAUCCGAUGGGUGCUCUAACGAUCCCUUGUGCCAAAGAAGCUUUCAUCGAUCUCAUUGAUAGUAUGCAAGGCUCAUGAGUGUUGGAUAUGGCAAUGGCUAACCUUUUAACCAAAUUUGCAAGUGCAAAAAUGGUGGGUUGUUUUUGCAUUCCCAUUCACUUGUGAACCUAAUUCUUUGUAACCAAUAUAUUAAAUGACAAAUUAUUUUUCUCAUUUUUAA